AUGAAGUAUGUAGUACAGGAAUGGCUCAGAGUAACUACCUUGCUAUUCAUAGCUCAAGCAGUUUCUGCAAUGGUUCUUCCCAAUGCCACGCUCUUAGAGGAACUUUUGGAAAAGUACAUGGAUGAAGAUGGUGAGUGGUGGAUCGCCAAGCAGAGAGGGAAAAGGGCUAUCACAGACAGUGAUAUGCAAAGUAUCUUGGAUCUUCAUAAUAAAUUACGGGGUCAGGUGUAUCCACCAGCUUCCAAUAUGGAAUAUAUGACAUGGGACACAGAACUGGAGAGAUCUGCAGAGUCAUGGGCUGAAACCUGUCUGUGGGAGCAUGGACCAGCAAGCCUUCUUCCAUCAAUUGGACAGAAUCUGGGGGCACACUGGGGAAGGUACAGACCUCCAACAUUUCAUGUCCAAGCAUGGUAUGAUGAAGUGAGGGAUUUCACAUAUCCCCAUCCUCAUGAAUGCAAUCCAUAUUGUCCAUACAGAUGCUCUGGUCCUGUUUGUACACAUUACACACAGGUUGUUUGGGCUACAAGUAGCAGAAUUGGUUGUGCAAUUAAUUUGUGUCAUAACAUGAACAUCUGGGGGCAGAUUUGGCCAAAAGCAGUUUAUCUUGUAUGCAAUUAUUCUCCAAAGGGUAACUGGUGGGGUCAUGCUCCUUAUAAACCUGGCCGCCCCUGUUCUGCAUGUCCCCCUAGUUUUGGAGGAGGUUGUAGAGAAAACCUUUGUUAUAGAGAGGAUUCAGAAAGACCUUAUUCUCCCCAUGAACCAGAAGAGGAAACCAAUGAGAUUGAACGUCAGCGAUCCAAAGCCCAGGAUACAACUGUGCAAAGCCGGCCAAGAGCACAUCAACCUUCAGCCUCCACAGGCACUGAUGACAGUGAGAAAAAUGAAGUGAUAAGCACGCAGCAGAUGUCUCAGAUUGUUUCAUGUGAAGUAAGGCUAAGAGAUCAGUGCAAAGGAACAACUUGCAAUAGGUAUGAAUGUCCUGCUGGCUGUUUGGAUAGCAAAGCCAAAGUUAUUGGAAGUGUACAUUAUGAAAUGCAAUCCAGUAUUUGUAAAGCUGCCAUACAUUAUGGCAUCCUAGACAAUGAGGGUGGUUGGGUUGAUGUCACUAGGCAAGGGAGGAAAAAUUACUUUAUCAAGUCUUACAGAAAUGGUGUUCAAUCAAUUGGAAAAUACCAAUCUGCUAACUCCUUCACUGUCUCUAAAGUAACAGUUCAGGCUAUCACCUGUGAAACCACAGUGGAACAACUGUGCCCAUUUCAAAAACCAGCCUCGCACUGUCCAAGGGUGUAUUGUCCUCACAACUGUAUGCAGGCAAAUCCACACUACGCUCGUGUAAUUGGUACACAAAUUUAUUCUGAUAUCUCCAGUAUCUGCCGGGCAGCCGUGCAUGCCGGUGUGGUCCGCAGCCAGGGCGGUUACGUUGAUGUGAUGCCAGUAGACAAAAGAAAGGUCUAUGUUGCUUCCUUCCAAAAUGGGAUAUAUUCAGAAAGUUUACAGAAUCCUCCAGGAAGCAAGGCUUUCAGAGUAUUUGCUGUUGUUUGA